AUGGUGGACGCCGGUGAGCGCUCGACGCGCGAGUGGCGCCGCCUGCUGCCGGGGCUGAAGCUGCCCGAGGAGGCCCCUGCCGACAUGGACCUUGGCCCCAUGCGCCAGUACGAGCUCCAUACCCGGAAGGCGCGCCAGUCGAGGCACAUACCGGGAUGCUCCUCCAUUGCCAUCCACAAGGACCAGGUGCUUCAGGCCGGAGCCUUCGGCUGGUCGGACUUGGAACAUGGGCACCCCAUGGGGAUGGACACCAUCGUGCGCUUGUAUUGCCUCACGAAGCCGAUGAUCGCGACAAGCCUGAUGAUGCUGGUCGAGCGAGGCAAAUGCAGGCUGGAGGACGAGGUCUCGAAGUAUCUGCCAGAAUUCAAGGGCAUCCGUGACAAGCCGACGGAACGGAAAAUGACACUGCGUCGCCUCCUGACGCAUUGCUCGGGCCUGGGCUACGGCGCCGGACUCGGCAUGGAGCCCGCAGGUCCCGACGAGGCCGCCUACUCGCAGAUCCCGAAGGACUGCGACGUGGGCAAGAUCGAGAGCCUCGCAGAGCUGUGCAAGAGACUGGCGGCGCUGCCUCUGAGGUUCCAGCCUGGCGAGAAGUACUUUUAUCGGCAGCGCCCCAGGCGUCGGACCGCCAGCUUCCCGAGGCACAAGAGUCAGCUUGGGACUCUGGUUCGCGUCGACGGCGACAGGCCAGAGCAGAGCGCGUGGGUCGCCGGGCGCCACUGCCCUGUGCUCUCGGGCGGCGGCCUCAUGGGCAUGAACCGGGGCGGCAUGGUCAGCACCAUUGUGGACCAGAUGCGGUUCUAUUUGAUGUUGUUACGCGGAGGACAGCUCUCUCUUCAGACCAAGCGUUUGUUGACACCAGGGACCAUCAAGGAGAUGUGGACGUCGGACUGGCUGACCAGCCCGAAGACCGUGGGCAAGAUUUGCCGCGACAAGGGUAAGCAGUUCGGUUGGCACGCCCUGGGCGAGAUAGCCACCGUCAAGCGGCCUGGGACCUAUCCCGAGGUCUUCGAGAUGGGGGAAUGGGGCAUGGCUGGUGCCGCGGAGACCCACGUGACAGUCAACUUGCGUAAGCAGCUGCUCUGUCUAUGGUUCACCCAGGCCACGGAGGGCUGGCCUGGAUUCAAGGGCCCCGAGCAGAACCUUUGGCUCGCCGCCAACAAGGUCAUAGCGCAGCAGGCCAAGGCCAGGGAGGCUGUGGCAGCGGCUGGGAGGGCACCCGCCACGAGAAGGCGGAGGGCAAGCAGCGUCCAAGCCAGGGGGGCCGCUGCCAAGCGUGCGCGAGCAGCCUGA